AUGUUCAAUUUUAUGAAGAAAACAUCCGUUCUGACUAGCGACUCGGGAAGUUUCGAGGAGAGAGAUGGCGAUAAAGAACGUCGAAAAAAAGAGAAGAAGGAGAGAAAGGAGAGAGAGAAACGGGAGAGAAUAGCAGCUGGGCUUGAAGAGCCUUUGAGAUUAGAAGAGGUCCGAAGAUCGUUGAAAUUAAGAGGACGUCGCAAGGAAAAGGAAAAGUUACCGUCUGGUAUUACAGCCGACUACACCGCAUCGCUUUUCGCUCAUCUCGAAAAAGAUACCAACUAUACAAAUUAUACGGUCAUCUCGAAUUCAGGUUCCAAUUCGAACCUCAGUGACGAAAACAAUCAUCUCUCUCCGGGAUACCCGAACCAUAAUUGGAAUAAGAAAGAAGGCGUGCUGCAAUCUGAUAGUUCAGAGACGUCUCUAAAUUCGUUAAACAAUCCGAAUAAUGUAAACAGCAGCCCUAGACAGGCACCGAACUUACCACCCAUACCACCGCGUCCACCGAAACGGGGAAUCCUGAAGGGACCACGUCUCAGCAACACCAGCUCCGUCUCCCAAGAAAGCAAUGUACAAAACGUCGAUACGGUCGACUAUAUGAAUGGACAGGAUCCAAAUCUUCUAGCACGGAACACUCAACAAAACGAACUCAUCUCGUACGCCAUCCAACCAUCUAAGAGCACAUCCUCUAGCGAUGAUAUGCAACAGAUACAGAAUUUUACCAAAAAAGUCAUUCACAGUCCCGUCGAGAAUCAAUACAAGAAUUAUAAGAACAAUUCCAAUCCGUCGAUCCGAACCCACGAUGUGGACGAAGCGCCGAAGACGAACGGGAACAGUUAUCACGGUGUGACAUCUACUUCACCGAGUGCUGAUUCAUUAACUGAUACAACGACGAACUCUUCGUUCGCUACUCCUCCAUUUUCGACGUCCCCAGUUGGUGAAUCUCAAGGUUUCCACAGAUGGUCUAGAACAAGUACCUUCGACGAUGUCUACUUGCCUCUGCCGUCUUUGUCUCCACUGCAUUUACCCAAGCCGAGACUGUUAACCAUCCAACGUCAAAAGGCACCUCGUAAUGAUUUCGGGUUUAGUCUUCGCAGAGCUAUGAUUCAGGAGAGAGUCUUCAUUGGAGAUAUAAGAACUCUCGCUGGUCACGAAGAGAAGGCCAUAGCCAAUGGUGAUAAUAAAUACAAUGAUAGUAACGUAGUUAUCAGCAAGCUGACGUAUAAAGCUGUGAUACUCGCUGAACCCGGCUCCUACCCGGGGGCCAGUGAGACCGGCUUGUUACCAGGAGAUAGACUCAUCGAAGUCAAUGAUGUUAAUGUGGAAGGGAGGAGUAGGGAAGAAGUGAUCGAUCUGAUUAAAAGUAGCCAGGAGUUUGUUACGGUUAAGGUGCAACCUAUAGCUGAGCUAUGCGAACUAUCGAGCCGCAGGGCUGCGGACGGCGGGGCGCAAGUUGAGUUAUCAGAGAGCAAUGUUAGAGGUGGAACGCUCAGUAGAUCCGGCAGUCGAAGAUUCACAAGCACACAGGUUAGUUACAACACAGAGAACUCUGAUACUAUACGAAUAUUUCAUAUAUAA